GCGGGGCUGUAACUACGCAUGCUCAGUACACACAAUCUCAGCAUCUCCUCACUGAUGACAAAGGGUCCUCCGGGGAGACGCGCCGCGCGUGACCGCGUCCUCUGCGCUGUACUGCAGACAGACACAGACAGACAGAGAGACAGACAGACAGACAGGCAGAUAGAGGUGAGACAGACAGGCAACCAGUUUGUCGCGGAGGAUGCGCGCGGUGAGCAGCAUCAGCACCAACUCGCGGUGAUCGUCGGCUCGGUACCGGGAGGCGGAGCAGCGAGCAGCCGCAGCGGAGAGCAGCAGAGCGGACACGAUGAGCUGUAACUGGGGCACCGAGCUGUGGGAUCAGUUCGAUAAUUUGGAGAAACACACCAGCUGGGGAAUCGACUUCCUGGAGAGAUACACCAAGUUCCUAAAGGAGCGAGCCGAGAUCGAGCUGAGCUACGCCAAACAGAUCAGGAGCCUGUCUAAGAAGUACCACCCAAAAAGAAGCAGAGAGGACGAGAGCAGGUACACCUGGUGUUUGGCGUUUGCGGCGACUCUCCGUCAGCUGAGUGAACUUUCUGUUCAGAGAGAAGAACUGGCUGAAAACCUGAACACACAAAUCGUCUGUGAGCUGACCAGGUACACCCAGGAGCUGAAGACGGAGAGGAAGAUCCAUUUCCAGGAUGGCCGCCGUGCACAGCAGCACAUUGAGAGCUCCUGGAAACAACUGGAGUCUAGUAAACGUCGGUUUGAACGUGACUGUAAGGAGGCAGAGCGAGCGCAACACGUGUCCGACAGAAUCGACCUCGACAACAAGACGGACGGAGAGAAGCGCUGCUCACUGAAGGCUCGUCAGACGGCUCAACAGAAGAAACAAGCUGCCGAAGAGUCCAGGAAAGACUAUGUGACCAGUUUAAACCAGUUCAACCAGGACCAGCACCAGCACUACCACACACUGGUACCAGUUAUAUACCAGCGGAUCCAGGACAUGGAGGAGCGGCGGAUCGAGCGGAUCUGCGAGGCGAUGCGUUCAUCGGCGGAGGCUGAAAGGAAAGUUCUUCCUGUUGUGAGUCGCUGUCUGGACGCCAUGAUGGAUGCCGCCGAGGGCAUCCAGCCCCGGAUGGACACCCGGCAGGUGGUGGAGGUGUACAAGUCGGGAUUUGAACCUCCCGGUGACGUUGAGUUUGAGGACUACAGUGCUACUAUGAGGCGGAGCAUCUCUGAGUCCAGUUACCUUGACAACCGGACCGAGGGACGGAGACAUAGCAGGAAGCUGUGGCCGUUCAUCCGGAAAAACAAGCUGUUGACCCUCCUCUCCUCCCCCCGCCAGCCUCCGCCUCCACCCCCCACGUCGCCAUCACCAGGGGGCGUGGCCAACAGUCCACAGUCCCCGCCACUGGCCUCUAGAGAACCAAUCACACAGCGGCUAAAUGACCUCAUGACCUCUGGGUCCAGAACCAGGAAGCAGUGUCUGCGCAGCCUCAAGAGAGGGCUGUCACUCAAACUGGGUUCGAGUCCCGCAGACUGCAGCCAUCUUCCUCCUGAACAGAGACGAAAAAAACUUCAGAUGAGGAUCAACAACAUCAACCAGGAGAUCCAGAGAGAGCGCGAGCAGAGAGAUGCUCUGUUGAAGAUGAGGGAAGUUUAUGAACGAAGUCCUCAGAUGGGCGACGCCGACAGUUUGGAGCCUCGACUGGACGAAGUGAAACAGAGUCUGCAGAAACUGGAAGAAGAGCUGAGGAGGAACCAGGCGUGGCUGGCAGAGGCUGACAGCAGGUCUGAUCACAGCAGCAGGAGACAGAGUGGAGGUUGUGGGUUAAAUUCUCAGGCAACCACGCCGGGCAGCAGCAGCCUGAAACAAAUGGACAACCGCAGUCCAGCCAGCAGAGAGAGUCCUGACGGCAGCUACACUGAAGACCACAGUGCAGAGCUUCACUUUAAAUCUCGUAGUUCAGAGUUUGAUGACGACUUUGAUGAUGAAGAACCGUUACCGAGUAUCGGCACCUGCAAGUCCCUUUACCCCUUCCAAGGUCAGAACGAAGGAACUUUGUCGAUGGUGGAGGGAGAACUACUUUCUGUGGUGGAGGAGGACAAAGGUGACGGAUGGACCAGAGUACGGAGGAACCUGGAGGAGGAGGGAUACGUCCCCACCUCCUACAUUAAAGUCUUCCUGGACAGCAGUGCCAAAGGCUUUGUGCAGAGUAGUCGGCUAGUCUAGUCACAGUAAUCGACCAGUGAGGACGUCUCGCCACAGGAAGUGAUGUAAAGGAAAGAGCUCUGAGGAAGUCCGGUAACAGCUUUUCAUUGGAUGGUUUAACUCAAAUCAGAUAUUAGACAGGUCCCAAACCCUGAUCAGACUUCAGAUCAGAGAUCAGAUAUUAGACAGGUCCCGAAUCCUGAUCAGACUUCAGAUCAGAGAUCAGAUAUUAGACAGGUCCUGAAUCCUGAUCAGACUUCAGAUCAGAGAUCAGAUAUUAGACAGGUCCCGAACCCUCUGAUCCAGAUCGUCAUUAAUCAUCUCUCUCCAUUAGUAGAGUUUUUAUUUUGAUUUAUGUAAAUUCAAGAAGUUAACUUUUGAUCACAAACUGAAUCAUUAUCUUCAGAUACAGACGAAGAAAAUGAAUUAUUUAACUUUGAACUUUUUAUUCUGAUGUGAAAGCAGAGAAGCUGCUGUAUUUAAACUAAAAUGUAAACUGUAAAAAUGUUUGUGAAGAUGUUCAGAAAAGAAAA